UUCUCUGCUAAAGCUGAGGUUGCUGAGUCUCCAACUCUGGGUGAACCGUGGAGGGAACUAAGCUGGGGAGAAAAACAGAAGGAUCUUCAGUAUGUGCAGGAAUACAAACCUGAAAAAGAYGACAUCAAGUACCUACGAGUCCUCCUGGAUGGACCUGUUGGAUCUGGAAAGUCCAGUUUCAUCAACUCUGUCGGUAACGUCCUCAGAGGACGGAUUACAAUUCCUGCUUUGGCCAGCGCGACCACGUCUGAUAAAAGCUUCACCAAAAAGUAUGAGACUCAUAAGUUCAGUAAAGGACGAGGAAGCUCAAAGACAUUUUAUCCUCUGAUCUUCAACGACAUCAUGGGACUGGAAGACGGRACCAACAGGGGAGUUCAUGCUGACGACAUCAAACUGGCUUUGAAAGGACAUGUGAAUGAGGGUUAUAAGUUCAACCCAGUUACUCCUCUAACUCAGGAUGACCCAGGCUACAACCCGACUCCCUYUGCUGAUGACAAAGUUCAUGUCCUGGUCUGUGUGAUGUCAGCCAACACUCCACAGAUGAAUUUUUCAGUUCUGGAGAAGAUGAAGAGCAUCAGAGAAACAGCCAGUGACCUGGGAAUUCCUCAAAUGGCCGUGAUGACCCACAUCGAUGAGGCCUGUGGUGAAACUGAGAAGAACUUGAGGAAUGUCUACAAGAGCAAGUAUCUGAGAAAAAAGAUGAAAGACUUCAGCUCAGCAGUGGGAAUCCCCAUGAACUGCAUCUUCCCUGUGAAGAACUACAGUGAAGAAAUCRACUUGAAUGAUGAUAUUGAUGCUCUGAUCCUGAGCGCUCUGAGGAAAAUGGUCGACUUUGGGGACGACUUCAUUGAGAGGAUUUAAACUGAGAUGAAGAGAAAACAGUGAGGUGGAGCAGAUUUAGGAGAGAGAAUGUUGACGAUGUUGCAAUAAUGUAAUUCAUUGACAUUAAAACACAUGAUUGGACAAAUUUGAAUCUACUGAAGAUUUAUCUUAAAUCAGAAAUAAAUCUUUUUACUGCAGUUGAAUGUUAAGGGUACUUGAUUUUUUUUUAUGUAAAAGGUUCUUCUCUAUAAUCGUUUUUCAUAUUAAAGUGAUAUUUACCUGA